AUGGCUACCCCCAAGGCAUUGAUCUUUGCAAUCCUCAUCGGCUCCUUCUUGUGCAGUGCAGCACUCGCUGCUCGCGACCUGAACGACGACGACUCAGCAAUGAUGGAGAGGCAUGAGCAGUGGAUGGCACGGUACAGCCGCGUUUACAAAGAUGCCACCGAGAAGGCUCAGAGGUUUGAGGUGUUCAAGGCAAAUGUCAAGUUCAUCGAGUCGGUCAACGCUGCCGGGAACCGCAAGGCUACCAAGACUAAUAAGGGCUUCAAACCUAGCCCGGUGAAGGACCCUACUGGAUUUAGAUAUGAGAAUGUUAGCGUCGAUGCGCUUCCGGCAACCGUCGAUUGGAGGACCAAGGGUGCCGUCACUCCCAUUAAGGAUCAAGGGCAAUGUGGCUGCUGCUGGGCGUUCUCAGCUGUGGCUGCCACAGAGGGCAUUGUGAAAAUCAGCACCGGCAAGCUCACCUCACUCUUGAAACAAGAGUUGGUAGAUUGUGAUGUCCAUGGUGAGGACCAGGGCUGUGAGGGUGGUUUGAUGGAUGACGCCUUCAAGUUCAUCAUCAAGAAUGCUGCCGAUGGCAAGUGCAAGAGCGGAUCAAAUAGUGCUGCAACCAUAAAAGGCUAUGAGGAUGUACCAGCAAAUGAUGAGGCAGCUCUGAUGAAGGCAGUGGCGAACCAGCCCGUGUCGGUGGCCGUCGAUGGUGGAGACAUGACAUUUCAGUUCUACUCUGGUGGUGUGAUGACUGGCUCCUGCGGUACUGACUUGGACCAUGGGAUUGCCGCCAUUGGUUAUGGAAAGACCAGUGAUGGCACCAAGUAUUGGUUGAUGAAGAACUCAUGGGGCACCACAUGGGGAGAGAAUGGUUAUCUGAGGAUGGAGAAAGAUAUUUCAGACAAGAGAGGCAUGUGUGGCCUGGCCAUGGAGCCUUCCUACCCCACUGAGUAG